AAGACGGUGUCGCUGGCUCUCGCGGGACUCUUAAAAAUCUGGGGCUUUGGGACUUUGAUAAGGUUUUGGACAUUUAGGACCAGAUGAUGUUGUGGACAGUUUUCCUGCUUCUGGUCACCCUGUGUGUCCACAGAGGAAGUGGCGAGGAGAGAGAGGAGCCACAGAGACCUGGACAUGUUUCUGUGAUCAUAGUGGGAGGCACAGGAGACCUGGCAAAGAAAUAUCUGUGGCAGGGAUUUUUUCAGCUGUACGUCAACCAGGUCGGUGUUGGCAACAGCUUUUCCUUUUAUGGCGGAGGACUGUCGCCUGCUGAAAAGGCCAAGCCGGUCUUCUUCGAGAUCCUGAAGGCAACUUCUUGCCCAAAGGACGUAUCAAAGGAGCGCUGUGCCGUGCUGAAAGAUCAGUUCCUGAGGGUCUCGCAGUAUCAGCAGCUGAAAACUACAGAGGACUACCAGGAGCUCGCCAGGCACAUCGAGCAACAGCUUCAGCAGGAGGGAAUGACGGAGCAAGGGAGACUCUUUUACCUCUCUGUUCCAGCUUUUGCAUAUGCAGAUAUUGCUGAGAAGAUUAACAGCAGUUGCAGGCCAGCCAGUGGUGCCUGGGUGAGGGUGGUGCUGGAGAAACCUUUUGGACAUGACUACAGGAGUGCUCAGGUCCUAGCAUCUGAACUUGGGAGCUCAUUAAAGAAUGAGGAAAUGUACAAAAUUGACCACUACUUGGGGAAGCAGGUGGUGUCAAAGAUACUUCCAUUCAGAAUGGAGAACAGAAAAUUUCUGGAUCCCAUCUGGAACCGGCACAAGAUUGAGCGAAUAGAGAUUGUUUUGAAAGAAAUCCUGGAUGUUAAAGGCCGUAUCCCUUUCUACGACCAGUACGGCGUGAUCAGAGAUGUACUGCAGAACCACCUGACCGAGGUCAUGACCUUGUUGACUAUGAAGCUUCCUGUGAAUAUGAGCAGCGGUGAAGAAGUUGUUGAAAAAAAACUGCAGAUCCUCAGCUCCCUGUUGCCGUUAGGAAAGAAUCAAGCUGUCGUCGGACAGUAUCAAGCAUACAAAUCCGAGGUACAGCAGGAGCUGAAUAAGACUAAAGACCACGUUAGCCUGACACCCACAUUUGCAGCUGUUCUGGCUCACAUCGAUGACGCGCAGUAUGAAGGCGUGCCCAUUCUCCUGAUCUCUGGGAAGAUGUUAGAUGAGCGGGUGGGAUACGCACGUGUCCUUUUCAAGAACGACAUCUUUUGCCUCCAGAACGACGACAAUGUUCACUGCAGGCCCAAGCAGGUGGUUUUCUAUUUUGGGCACGGCAGCCUUCAGUAUCCAGGAAUCCUCGUCAGCAAAAACUUAUUCAGGCCAACUGUCACGGACAGCGACUGGAAAGAGGUGACGGAGCACACAGACGUCAGUGUUUUAGGUUUGCCGCUGUCAGACUACUACGUGCAAACCCCAGCGGUAGAGAAGGAGGCUUACGCAGAGCUCAUCUCUCACAUCUUUUCUGGACGUAGGAAUAACUUCAUAAGUACUGAAAACCUGCUGGCGUCUUGGUCUUUAUGGACGCCACUUCUUAGUAGCCUAGUGAGUUCUUUCCCCCGCAUCUAUCCCGGCGGUGCUGAGAACGGAGGCAUGUUAGAUGUCCAUCUGAAAGGAAAAGAGAUUAGUUAUAACAGCGAGGUGGUGCUGAUCAGCCCUGAUCAGAUGGGGGGUGAGUCUGCAAACAGUUUCCAGGUGAUGCAGGGCAAAUUUCGCAGCGCUGACAUGGUGUCAGCUUGGACCGAGGAGCUGGUCGAGACACUAGCUAGAGAUAUGCAGGAAGCGGCAGAGGCAGCGGUGCACGAAGGCGGCGUUUUCCACCUUGCUCUCUCCGGAGGGUCGACACCUCUGGCGCUUUUCCACAGGUUGGCCCUGCACCACUUCUCCUUCCCCUGGAGGGACACGCAUGUCUGGAUGGUGGAUGAGCGAUGCGUGCCGCUGACUGAACUGGAGUCUAACUUCUACAACUUGCAUGAGAACCUACUGCAGCACGUGAGGAUACCCUACUACAACAUCCACCCCAUGCCAGUGCAGCUCAACCAGCGUCUUUGUGUAGAGGAAGAUGGAGGAGCGCUGCUGUACGAGAACGAGCUCAGCCAACAAGUCAACGGAUCCAGCUUCCACUUCGUACUACUCGGCGUCGGCUACGACGGCCACACGGCGUCUCUUUUCCCUGGCGGGAAACUGGGGGAAGUCGGGGAGCGCCUGGUGGCCGUCACCGAGAGCCCCGUCAAGCCUCACCAGCGCAUGAGCCUCACUUUAAAUGCCAUUAACCGAGCCCGCAGGGUUGCUCUGCUGGUGAUGGGCAAAGGCAAGCAUGAGCUGAUAACACAGCUGAGCCGAGUGAAGGACAACCCAGACAAAUAUCCCGUUACCGGGGUGAAACCUGCUAAUGGGAAGCUCGUUUGGUAUAUCGACUACGAUGCACUUUUAGGAUAAGGGUUCUGUAUGUUUCUUAUUUUCACUCAGACUUUGCAGAUGUUUUUAACUGGUGAAAAGUGAUGUGUAUAUGGAGAGGACCAGAAGCUUUCAAGCUUUAACUUUUUAACUAUAAAUCAAAUAAACUUAAAACUGCUGCUGGAUUUAAAAAAAAAAAUAAAUAAAUAAAUCCUCCUGGUUUUUCAUGUAUUCCCAACCACAACUGCAUUUGCAAAGACAAAGAAGUCUUUAAGAGCAGUCAGAAUGAAGUAGAACAGUGGAAAUCUGUUUGAAAUAGUCCUUUGUGGUGGACUUGAGGGGAAAUUGGGAUUCUGGGAAGUUUGUGGUUUGAAAGUUCCUAUGCUGAAAGGACUCCUGUAGAGUCAACUAGCAAUGCUUAUAUGGUGAAUUUGAAGUUUUCCAGCAAAAGGAAUCAAUGCCAAGGAUUUUGGCUCCAUUACACUGUUACCACAACUCCGACCUUUCAAGCUGAUGGGUUUCUGGUACAAUUGUUUAAAAUUUAACUGCAGAAAUGUCAAAUAUUCGCAGUUUCUAACUGACAACGGUUGGGGUUCUUUUUUUUGUACAUUUUUAUUAAAGAUGAAACCUCAUGUGAAUGCAUAGCUAGACUUUAUAUGACAUGAAUCAGUCCAGUUGAGCUUCAAAUGCAUGGAAAUCUGGACAGCUAUGUGGAGCAUACAUGUCUCCAAGUUUACAGAGGAUGCCGUAUGUGACAUUUUAAAUAUCUGCAGCUGAAAGACAGUUCCACCAAGCACAAAUGCUGGUUUUCCUACGACAAUUCCAGCAUGUUUGUAAAUGUGAAUUCUAUCAUAUCUCAGGUGUUCUUGCAGAAACUGCGUGCAGUGUCCAGGAAAAGCUGCAAUUUUUUGAUUAUAUAUUUCCCAUUGUUGAUUGACGGAGACCUGAUUAAAGUGAUGUUAGGAAUUA